GAUGCCAUGGAAACCUGACGCUAACCAAAAUAGUAUUUCUGGUACUGUGGCAUUUUUCCAGUGGUUUUGAGCCGGAAAAGUAUAUUGGUCGCAGCAUGUGUUUACAUGCUAAAUAGUAGAAAUACACGCAAACAAAAAAAUAGAACAAGCUUUUGAAAAUGUCUCAAAAAGCCACAAAAGUGGUUGUUGAACUGCACAUCAGAGCGGUGACCUGUCCUGGUGUGUUUUUGGUGGACAAAGAUGACGUCUACCUCAGCGUGUGCAUCCUGCGUCAUUAUAAAAACUCUGUAUGUCACCCAGCUGUCUUCCCUCUCCUGUUCAAUGAAAAAAUGAGAUUUGAGAAGGUUUUCAAGCAAGUCAAUGACCCAGCUGAAGUUGCUGAGCUCUUGGAAAGCGAAACUGUGACAUUUGAGCUGAUACAGCAGAUUCCCCCAGCGGGGGAGUCACUGGCAUACUUUGAAGUGGAUGCCCGGACAUUUUUAUUUCCUGAGCCCAAGCUGGUGCCCUCCUCACCAGGGGUGGACAGAGAGGUGCUGAUGACACGGGCUCCAACCUUCCCUGUGAGUCUCUGCUCUUUCACCACUCCAAUGUAGCUGCUAUUUUUAAUACAUGUUCUACCUAUAUUACCGCUAAGACUUGUUUCAUGUUAUAUUGUGCAAUGUACAUUUUGUAACUUCUUAUCUGUCUAAAAACUUGCAUUUGGUCAGAACAUUUUCUGUUCAUGCAAAAAUUUCUGUUUACAUCAAAUAAGAACAGUAUUCCUUUUUCCGUUUUCCCUACACCAAACGUGAUUGCCAUGACUUAUGAAAAUCCCACAGAACUCUGAAGGAACAUGUUGAAGUCCUUGUGCUGUGGGAUCAGCAUUGUUCCUGCAGGGGUCACUGCACACAAGCAGACUGACAGGGAAUGGAUUCAUGUUUCAGAGCAAAUACUGUUGCCUUUCUCAAAGCCUGGGAUUCUCAAACUCCGUCUUAGGGAACCACUGUACCACAGUUGCAACCUCUGAAAUAUAACUUGCUUGUUAUUAUUUUUAAUAAGACAUUUUAAAUAUCCUGAAGGUUGAUUAUCUCAAUUUAGUCACAUUGUUAGAAAUAGCUAUGCUUGCAAUGAAAAAUUAAUAUUCACACCGCAGGACUUUCAAUCAGUCCAAUCAACUGUUCUGCAAUGUACUGUAGUGCUACUGAUUCCUUGAGAAAGUGUUUACAUUUAAAUGUAUUACAUUUGGGACUCUUUCAUUUAGUUUCAAUAACUAGGUGUACACACUUUGAGCAAUUAGGACCAAAUUUAUUUAAUCUGUAACUCAGAUACAGAUUAAAGAAAAAAUAAAACAUGAAAAAAAGCAUAAACACCUGUUUUCAACAACUUUAAUCGAUCUGGUGAAUUGCUGAAAUAAUAACCAGCAUGCACAGCAGUCCACAGCUCUGUGUUUGAGAAGCCUGCCCCAGAGGACUCCGGCCCCUUCUCCCUCAUUGUCUCCCUCAUUCACCAGGGUAUUGCACCUAGGAUCGAAUUUUCCACCAGAACGACCAUCAUCGAAUGCUCUGCCAGAUCAGAGAAUGCCAUUAACCCCGAUGUACCCCCGAGGAUAGCGCCCAAGAAAGUGAACUCCAAGAGGGGUGUGAGGAAAGGCGGCACCGCCGAGGCCGGGGGGCGUGCUUCGUCGGCGGUGAGGAAGAGGAUGCCCGGGGGCGGGCUGGCUGGCGCUGAGCUGAGAGGGGAGAAACCGCGCUCCCGUUCUCUGUCCCCAUUCACCGUCGGCGUGAGGAAGGUCUCUCACCGGAACACUGUCAGGCAACCAAUGACGGGCCAGGAAGGCUCCAGACCUGAGCCACAGGUAAACGGUAGCCGCUCUGAAAGUAAGCAUAAAUCCGCACAACAUCUGCCCCAAAAUUCGUUCAAGAAGGAAAUACUCAGGAGAACCUAUCCACUGCUUCCAAGGUCAUGGCCCAUUACUGAUUCUAGAGGGAGCGUAAAUCAAAGUUAUUCAUCUGACUGGGCUCGGGAGCCCGAGGAGGACGAAUUACGGUGGGCCGGCGCGGAGGACCGCCGCCCUAACUCCGCGGUGACCCGCGGCCCGCCGCGAGCCGUUCUGAGCGGCAGCCUGAGCAGGAGCAGGAGCCCCGAUUCCCAGCACAUGUGGGAGGACAUCCAUGAAAGAGUACGAGCCCUCCUCACCUCCUCCAGAGCCAUGCAGCGGCUGGCGUAUGGAGCGACGGACUCGGAGAUCGAUGAUGUGAUCGCGAGGAGAUGCGCCACACCGCAUUCUUGUCCCAUCUAGAGGGAACGCCCCGUGGAGAUGAGGUCUACAGAUAAGACUUGCCAAAUUUUCAAGAACCUGAAGAAUCCAACAAUUUGGGCUCCGAUACAUUUCAACAUUGAUUUUACAAUGCAAUAAUGUCAUAUUUCAUUCUUUGCGCUUGUAUGUCAUUGAUGAAUGAGAAAUACAGCAGGAUAGCAGCUGGCGUGUUAUUGAUUAAAGCUGUCAGUGUAA